UGCUGGCAGGUCAUUUUUAACGACCAACCCUCUCAAGAAAUACCCAGAAAUCAGUACCAUCUCAACCGAUACUCUUUUGUCACAAAAAUUCAAUGAGCAAAUCUUCUGUUGCUGCAACAUCAAAGAUUCCUGCGACCCAGCUACCAUCGAAGUCGGCUUGGUCGAAAGGCCCACCACAAACUGCCUCGCCGCGCUCCCAAUCUCCUGCACCAUCGAAUUCUGCCCCAGCGCAUGCUACUCACUCUAGACGGCCUAGCACUCUUGGUCAAGGAAUUCCUAUAAAAGAUGGCGUCAGUAUACCCCGUAACAACGUGGGUGCAACAAAAACAGGCUCUGUGGUAUCCUUUGGGUCCAUAGACGAUACCUCGGCACCUAUAUCCUCCUCACCAGCAGCUACACCCGCUAUUAAAUCCUCAUCUGAAGGCGUAAAGUCUUUCGGUUCGGUUCCAGCUGCCGUUAGUCAGAUAAAUGGGAAAUCUUCUGUCUCAUCUUCAACAAAACCGCCGCUGAGCCAAACUUCUUCCUCAACCUCCAUUUCAGGUGCAUCGACAUCAUCAUCGUCGACCUCUGCACCCACAAAACCGAAAGUCGAUGUCCGAAAAUUUUUCCAGAGCGCUCCCCAGUCAACUUCGGAUUCUUCCUCUCCUUCUAUGCGACCGUCGAAUCUACCGCCUCAACAGUCCUCAACGUCCAACGCUCCAAUGGGUGCGCCAUCAUAUAACACAUUUGUGCCCGCUGGUAUGCGUGUCCCGCCAAAUCCUGUGGCAACUGGUGUACCUAGCACACCAAGAUCACCGAAUUACCCUAGGCAGCAAAUAUCGAAUGGUAAUGGUCCUCGACCUCCUAAUGGUACAAAUGCUCCACCUGGACCUCCGAUGCAACCACCCAUGGGAAGUCCUCGCCUCGCUCCUCAUCCACAUCCUGGUCAACAGCCCAAUGUGCAGCCUCCUCAAAUGCAGGCUCCUGUGCAAAUGGGCUGGGGCCCUUACUAUUAUAACAUGGCUCCUGGAAUGCCUCCCGAACAAGGUGGAUAUAUGUAUCCCAUGCCCUGGGCAUACAAUAUGCAGCCUCAACAAAUGCCUCCACCUCAUCCCCAACAACAUCCGCAUCCCCCCCUUUCACAUCAUCCCUCAUCUCAAGGUCCUCCUCAUCCUUCAAUGCCAAUGUCUCCACGAAAUCCUCCCAUUCCACUGCAAGGUGGCCCUCCUGGUACACCAACGUCUUCACAUGCUUCGGCUGCUCCUCACAGCCCCCAUCCUGCACCACUUUCGCAUUUAUCAUCCAACAGCAUUAGCGCCGUUUCAUCACCGCCUCCUACUCCCUCGUCAGCUACGAUGCCAGGUAGUGCUCGGCUCAAUAACAACGCCAAUCCCUUCGUUCCUCGACCGACUUCGAAGAUUGUAAUCAAGAGCGCUGACGGCUCUGAGGUCAAUCUCGAGAACUUUAAGAAAGGUCCGAGCCAUCAAUCAUCUCCAUCAAUCGUCACCUCUUUACCCACACCCUCGCCCUCCGGACUGAAUUCGCCAAGUAGACGGGCUAUCCCGAUUGUGGCGCCUGACUCCAAGAAGAAGCGCGAGGAAAAAGAAAGAGAAGAAAUGCAAGCAAAGGCUGCAACUUUGGAGAAGGAACGGAAGGCGAAGGAGGAGAUAGAGAAGAAGGCGAAGGAGGAAGAGCGUCUCCGAAAGGAAAAGCAGGAAGCUGAGCGAAAGGAGAAAGAGGAAGCUAAACGUAAAACUAAGGAGGAAGCUGAGCGUAAAGCUAAGGAAGAGGCUGACCGUCUAGCUAAGGAGGAGGCCGAACGUAUAGCCAAACAGGAAGCUGAGCGCAAAGCAAAGGAGGAGGAAGAGGAGCGACAGAGAUUAAAGGCUGAAGAGGAAGAAAAGGCGCGCAUAGCUGAGGAGGAACGUCUUCGACAGGAGAUACUUGAAGCCGAGAAGCAUCGUCAGGAGGAAGAGGAAAAAAAGAAGGAGGAGGAACAAGCGCGUCUUGUGAAGGAAGAGGAAGACGCUGCAGCCAAGGCUAAAGCUGAGCUUGAGGCUGAAGCUAAAGCUGAAGAGGAGGAAGGCGAAGUCAUUGAAAAGGACAAGCCUCAUACAGACGGUCCAGAAGCGAAAGCUACCGAGAUAAAGCCUGAUGAGAAGAAGGCCCUUCGGAUCGAUACUGCUCGUCCUUCAGAGCCUCUACCGAAACGCCGACCAGGUCCUCUUGACCUAUCAACUGUAGCUGGACCUUGGCCGUAUAUCUUACCCUGAAGGCGUCCAAAGUCCCAAAGUUGAGCUCAAUGUCAACGCCAAGGAUGGCAAGUUUAGAUACGACAGAGAUUUCCUGCUUCAGUUUAUGUCCGUUUGCAAGGAAAAACCCGACAAUCUCCCUGCUCUUGAUGCUAUCGGUCUUGAGCCACCUUCUCAACCACCGUUCCCCAUUAUUCGUACUCAGUCUGGGCGCGGUACCAGACCGGGCAACAUAGUGCGUUCGACCUCUGUUGGUCUAGGAGC